AUGUCGGCUUCUUUGCCUGGCAGUCGGGAGCUGCCCGAAUCGCAAUAUGACUUAACAACGUAUUGGGGUCGUGUCAAACAGACGGCGACCAUUACAGAUCCAAGAACCCUUUUCGUUGGAAACCAUGGUCUUGAACAAGCCAAAAAGUUGUUGGUCGCAUAUAAGCAAGGCGAGAUCAAAGAUAUGACGCCGGAAUUAUGGAAGGCGAAGAAGAUCGUCGAUUCUACACUACAUCCUGAAACCGGAGAACCAGUCCUCCUCCCCUUUCGGAUGUCUUGCUUCGUGUUCUCGAAUUUGAUCGUUACAGCUGGAAUGCUUACGCCGGGUUUAAAGAACACCGGGACUGUCCUCUGGCAAAUCACUAAUCAGUCUCUCAAUGUUGCCAUCAACCACGCGAACGCGAACAAAUCAAACCCCCUUUCCUACUCGAAAAUCGCCCAAUCGUACUUCCUUGCCGUCGGCGCAUCUUGUUCCGUGGCAGUAGGUCUGAAUUCGAUUAUCCCUCGUCUGAAGGGAUUUUCGCCGUCGACGAAGCUCAUUCUCGGGCGGCUCGUCCCCUUUGCGGCCGUAGCGUCCGCCGGUGCGCUAAACGUGUUCCUUAUGCGCGGCGAGGAGAUGCGCACGGGAAUUGACGUGUUCCCCGUGCUCUCGGAGGCAGACAAGGCGCGGCUGGCGAAGGAGGGCAAAGCCGAAAACGACGUGCCGAGCCUGGGCAAGAGCAAGAAGGCGGCGACGCUGGCGGUCAGCGAGACGGCGCUCAGCCGCGUCUUCAAUAGUAGCCCCAUCAUGGUCGUCCCGCCGCUGAUCCUUGUGCGCCUUCAGCGCACCGAGUGGCUCAAGAAGAACCCUCGCUACACACUACCCAUCAACCUCGGUUUGAUCCUCGGUAUGAGUUUCCUCGCGCUACCGUUUGCAUUGGCAGCAUUCCCGCAGCGCCAGAAGAUUAGCGCAGAGAGCUUAGAGGAUGAGUUUCAUGGCCGUGGAGGAGAUGGGGGGAUGGUCGUGUUCAAUCGUGGAAUCUAG